AGAAGAGAGUGCGGAGAAACGGGUUUAACCCGCACAAAUGAUAUUACCCAUAUUUUUAUUAUUUUUUAAUUUUAAACAGUUGUCAGCAAAGAAUGUGGCCACGUCAACAGGGAGGAUUAACUUCAUCCUGGAGGAUGCAAGUAUUACUCGUUCCAAAUCGUGCAAGGUUUGUGAUUGUUCGAAUGGGAUUUGUGAGCACGACCCAGUUCCGGUUGUUCUAAUGACCAAAGGUUGCAAUCUUAAUCCAUUUCUUUCUUAUUAUAAAUACACAAUUUGACCAGGCCUUUCCUAGACACGUUUCUCUCUCUAUAGGCAAAUAUGCUUUAUAUAUAUAAGUAUAUAUUAUUAAUUAAUAUGAGUCUAUUAUCAGUUGACUGUUACUUCAGAGACGACGUUGCUUGUUCUCAAUAUGUUAUUUGUUGAUGACUCUGAAGGGUGCUAAACACUGAGAGAGAAGACCAAGUCAAAACAUCCCCAAAUCUUGAUGUAGAGGCAGCACAAUAAAAUUCAAUACUUAGUGGAGUAGAUGUUUGUUUACUUGGUGUUGUCUUCUCUCUGGAACAAGUCAUGAUCAACUUGUUCAGAUUCCAGAAUGACCAAAUAAAAGUUCGAAUAUUUACAAUAAUUUGUUUGCUCUCCCUCCCUUCUCCUAGAGUCUUGUAAUAAAGCCUGCAAUGGCCGACUUGCUGAUCUUGGGCGCUGUAACAGCUGUUGGAUCUGGGUUGGGUUUUUACAUUGCAAAAAAUGUCAGGAAUACUUUUCAUUUCCAAAAGAACUUCAACUCUUUGAGAGACGAAAUGGAGAAAUUGAUGGAGCAGAGAAAUGUUGUGAAGAGAAUGGUUGAAAGAGCCGAGAGUGUACAGAUGCAGAGCACCGAACAAGUUAAGGGUUGGCUUCGAAGCGUAGAAGAAUUUAAUUCGGAAGUGGAGGUGCUCCUGGAACAGGUUGCUGCAAAAGAGAUCCAGAAAAAGUGUCUAGUAAUCUGUCCUAGACUUAAACUCAGCAAGAAAAUACUUAAGAAGCUUAAAGUUUUGACAGAUCUGAAGAGUGCGGGAAAUUUCAGCACUGUCGCUGAAGCAUUGCCCCCGGGUAGAGUAGAAGAAGUGCCUCUUGAAAUGACUGUGGGAUUGGAUUCGGCAUUUGACAAGGUCUGGGAUUUACUUGGUAGAAAUGAUGAAGUGGGAAUCAUCGGAAUAUUUGGAAUAGAGGGUGUUGGUAAGACAACCCUCCUCAAGAAACUCAACAACGAGCUAGCAAAUCAGCUGAUUGCAGAAUUUGAUGUGGUGAUAUGGGUUGCAGUGUCCAAAGAUCUAAAUGUUGAAAAAGUUCAAUAUCAAAUUGGGAGAAGGCUUGGAUUUCCACAUGACAUAUGGAGGGAUAAGAGCCAAGACCAAAAGAAGGCAGACAUCUUUAGGGUCUUGAAGAUGAAGAGGUUUGUGCUAUUGUUGGAUGACAUAUGGGAGCGACUUGAUCAUCUUGAAGUGGGAAUUCCUCUCCCAAACGAACAAAAUAAGUCCAAGAUAGUGUUCACCACCCCAUAUAAGCAUGUGUGCGGCCUCAUGGAAGCUCAAAGGAACAUUGAAUUGGAAUGUUUGUCACCACAGCAAGCGUGGGAUUUGUUUCAAGACAAGGUGCGAAAAGAGAUCCUAAAUUCUGAUCCCGAAAUAUUCAAUCUAGCCCAACACAUUUGCCAAGAAUGUGCUGGUUUGCCACGUAAGCUGGUUACAGUUGCACGAGCCAUGGCUAGCAAGACAACUUCCAAGGAAUGGAAUGAUGCAAUAACUUUCUUCAGGAUAUCCUCUUCUCAACUUUCAGAAGGUCAGUUUAGAGAUGAUACUGCAGUUUUUUCUAAGUCCUAUUCAGAUGACUCAAACAUCGGUAAUGAUGAUGAUUCCUAUAGUACAACCAUGGAAACCAAGUGCCUUCCUGCCCCAUGUCCAAAAUUUAGGCGCAUUAUAAAGUCUUGGCAGAAGGGGGACCUUCUGGGAAGUGGAUCAUUCGGAACAGUCUACGAAGCUUUCACUGAUUAUGGGUUCUUUUUUGCCGUGAAGGAGGUUUCUUUGCUUGAUCAAGGAAGCAAGGUUCAACUUCAACAAGAAAUCUCUCUCUUAAGGCAUUUUGAACAUGAGAACAUUGUUCAAUACCUUGGUACAGAAAAGAAUGAUGGCAAACUCUAUAUCUUCCUUGAGCUUGUAUCCAAUGGUUCGCUUGCCAACCUCUAUCGAAAGUACCAGCUGCGCGAUUCCCAAGUUUCUGUAUAUACAAGGGAUAUUUUGAAUGGUUUAAAUUAUCUUCACAGCCGAAAUGUGGUUCACAGGGAUAUAAAAUGUGCUAAUAUACUGGUGGAUAUAAAUGGAUCUGUGAAACUUGCAGAUUUUGGGUUGGCAAAGAAAACCAAGUUUAACGACAUAAAGUCUUGCAAAGGGACUGUUUUUUGGAUGGCCCCAGAGGUUGUUAAGAGUCGUGGCGGCUAUGGGCUUGCGGCUGAUAUAUGGAGCCUUGGAUGCACUGUGUUAGAGAUGUUAACCCGCCAAGUUCCAUACUCGCACUUGGAAGCGCCGCAAGCAUUAUAUAGGAUUGGCAGGGGUGAAACUCCUCCUAUUCCUGGUUACUUAUCAAGAGAUGCCCAAGAUUUUAUCCUUGAAUGCUUAAAAGUUAACCCAGAUGAUCGGCCUAUUGCUGCUAAGCUACUGGACCAUCCAUUUGUGAAGAGGCAGUCGACAACUUCUGUAGACCCUGUGUCCCCACUAUGAUGGCAUACUUCAUAAAAGAUUUGGUCCUCUUUUGGUGACCAAAGAAAUCGAGCGAAUUCAUAUGACACAUGAACUGGUUUUAAAUGAGAAGCCAAGCACUGCGCUCUACCAUAUUGACCCGCCAAUUCUUAGCAUGGGAGAGCAAAGUUAGUCUACAGUCUACACGCGUCUCCAAUGUAGAUGGUUGUAUGAUGAGCAAUAAGUGUGUGUUUUUUGGUCCUCUCUUUUUCUCAUUUAUCAUUCUUUAUUGUAUUGGCAGAGAAGGGACGUAGAAGGAAAAUCAUAUUUGUACGAGUAAUUGUAAAUAUAAAGUGAUAUUUGUAUGCAAGUAAACUGGCUGAAAAGAUUGUGGCUUUGUGGUUGA